AUGGCAUCUGCCCGCUGCGUUCUGACUGAAGACCAUCUCCUGUGCUCCAUCUGCCUGGAGGUCUUCACUGACCCUGUCUCCACUUCCUGUGGACACAGCUUCUGUAAGACCUGCAUCAACCAACACUGGAACCACAGCGAGCAGUACCAUUGUCCCAUCUGUAACGAGGACUUCAGUGUCAAACCUCAGUUAAAAACUAACACCUUUAUGUCUGAAAUGGUCUCCCAGUUCAGGGCGUCUCCAGAGGAGCCAGAGGAGCAGACAGGGACAGGAGGUGUUCCGUGUGAUGUAUGCUCCACUCCCAGGCUCAGGGCGCUGAAGUCCUGCCUGGUGUGUCUGGCCUCCUUCUGCCCCACUCACCUGGACCCUCACCUGAGAACCCCCCGGCUCCAGCGGCACCCCCUCAUCCACCCUGUGCAGAACCUGGAGGAGAGGAUCUGCCCUGAACAUGGCAAGCCUCUGGAUCUGCUUUGUCAAACUGAGAAGAUGUUUAUCUGUGUACACUGCUCUGUCUCUCGGCAUAAAGACCAUGUGUCAGUGCCCCUGGAAGAGGAGUGUGAGCGACAGCAGACGGAGCUGGAGGAAAUUGUGAAACAAAGAAAGCAGAAGAUCCAGGAGAUCCAGGGUUCAGUGAAGGUUAAUAACCAGAAUGCAGACAGAGAGCUGUCUGAGGGGGUGAAAGUCUUUUCAGCCAUGAUGGAGAGUGUUCAGAAGAGUCAGCACCAGUUCAGAGAGAGAAUCAAAGCAGAUCAGAAGGCGGUAGAGGACAGAGCUGCAGAGAUUAUAGAGCAGUUAGAGCAGGAGAUCUGUGUCCUGCAGUGGAGAGAAGCUGGCAUGAAGCAGGCCCUUAAAUAUGAAGACCACUUUAGUUUCAUACAAACCUUCUCAGAAAACACUGCUUCAGAUUUUCAGGAUUUGACCAACACAAUGGUUUCUCCACAUGCGCAUGAUGACCUGGUGGAUAAAGCUUUGUCCGAGCUUCAGAAGACGCUUCUUCUACAUAAAAAAAAAAAAUCUGAAGAACUGAAACGCGUCCAGCAGUUUGAAGUCGAUUGUCCUCGCCUCAUUCCCACGCUGUGA